UUUCUCUCAGGCAGUCAUGUGAGAUUAGUUAGAAAUCUUGACAUACAGCUUCCUGCCAGGAGGUAGGGCUACUGCUCAAGCUGCUGGACUCGUAGUGUGUGAAUGAGCUGAGCUGUCAGUGCACAGAACAGCUGAAUCCUGUGUGACUGCAAGUAAAGGACACAGACUUUCACACCAGGGCUAACAAUCCACUGUUGCUUCUGCCUCAGCACAGUGCACUGGGAGCUGCUGACCCACCUUCGUUGUAACUGCUGGCAGCAAGAAUUGAGACUUCACCGUGACUCCCAAGUGCUGGAGUAAUUCUGACGUUGAUGUGCCGGGUGCGUCCCGGCUACCACUGGACCUCUGCAUUCUUCGCGGAUCGGUAUCGGUUCACUGCCCAGAGGGUGGAGGCCACUGCACCAUCCAAACUCCGACUCAGCCUAACAUACCACCAUCAGUGUGCUCAGCGCUGUCCUAAUUCCGGAACUAAAUUUUAAGAAAUUAAUGCAGUACUGUGAUUGGAUCUACACAAGGUCCAGACGUUCUUUACAGUGACUAAAGGCAUCAGCCAAUGACUAUUAAGAUGGGUCGCUUUGAACGUGUGAGAAAUGUGACAAUGGCUUUUAGCAUUCUGAUUUCUAUGAGUGGAUGCGCCCUGCUUGCAAUGGCAUGCUUGUUAUUGUAUUACCCUGCAGGACCAGGAAACAUUAUCUCAAUCAGCAAUGCGAUUUUUAUUGGAACAGUCUAUGCCAUAGCCCUGUCUAUCGUGCUGCUUGUUCUUGGAAUACUCGGGAGCGUUGCCGCAUUCCGGGAGAGCAGAUGCCUCCUCAUGGCUUGCUUCUUACUGAUUCUGCUGAUGUGUAUGGUCGAGCUCACUGCUGGAAUAGUUGCCUUUCUCUUCAGAAAUCACUUAACAAAGAGGUAUUUUGAGGACGAUCUGGGAGCUCACUACACAGGAGACAAUGGGACAAAUGCCUACACCAAAAGCAGCAAUUCCAUCAUGAUCAGGUUUAAAUGCUGUGGACUGAGUGGGCCAAAUGAUUUCCCUAAUGCGGUAAAUUUCGUUUUAUUGAACCCUACAUUCAAUGUGCCAGUGGCUUGUUGCAAAAGGAAUGAGUCCACACAGAAUAGGGAGAUACUCAAUGUAGGUCGCUGCAUCUCUGGUGAUAUCAAAUUCGUCAACACUCAGGGCUGCUUUGAUCUACUUUUGCCCAAAGUGGAGCAAACUCUUUACCUGGCAGGAGCUCUGUCCAUUUGGAUUUUAAUAAUUGAGAUAUGUGUGAUGAUCUUCGCAAUCUGGCUGUUCCAACGAGCGUAGAUGAGCUCCCCUAGCCCGGCUGUGCUGAGUGAGACCCUUGGACUGUGUUACAUGUUUUGAUGCUGAUGGAGACCGACAGCAAGCUUGCUUCCCCCUCAGGGAUGGAUUCCCUGGGUGGCAGCACUCCAGUGGGAUGGGGCACUUCAACUACAUAAUUGUGAGAUUAUUAACUGAGAGCACAAACUGAGAGGGAGGGGCUGGACUGGGAACCUCACUGGAAGCAGUGAACAGCCUUUCCUUGUGGGACCAAUCGAAGAGGGAUAGAGGGGGGCGGUGGGGUAGGCUUGGUGUUAACUUGGUAUGUAGCUGACCUGAUUUGCUCACAAUAUUGACUCUCGAUUAAUAUACGAGAGGAAAAUCCGAUCUCUCUUACAGUAUCUAUUCUUGACAUCUCUCUGAAUUUCUGUGAGUUGCUUAUAAUUUUCUUUUGUAAUUCGGCUUAUAAUUUAUAACUUGAUGCAUUAUGUGAAGUAUUGCUCCUCCUUUAUGACCGACUUUACCUUGAGAUGAGAGGGAGAGGUUGAACAGAGGAUUGCCCACUGCAAUAUUUCUUCCAGUUUUCCACACGGCCACACAGGAGAUCAGUGUGAAUCCUCUUGGACUGGUAGCCAGACCACAAUGGGAUAGGUGUGGGAGAGAGGGUAGGGUUUUUAGUGUAGGUGUGAGGGAGCAGUCAGAUUUUCACUUUGCUGGGAUGGGGUGUAAGAGACCAGAUAGUUUCCUUCAGGGUGGACGGUGGGAGAAGGGAAGCAAACAACAUACAGAGAGCCCUUGUCUGGUGAAGUACACCAGACAGACAUAGGGACCAGACAGGGAUUCCGCAGUCCGGUGCUUGUGGGUUGGGGAGGAGCGGACAGUGCACCCAUAUUGUUGGGAGAGCAGGCUGAAGAUCCUGAGCUUGGACGAGCUGACCAGUACCCUUGGUCUAAGA